GCGAAUGGAAAUCGACAAUUACGUUUACGGAACUCGCAGCCACAAAGCCAUCACCACCGAUCUGGCUUGGCUUGGCUGGCCCCCCACCCCGCUCCACGCAGCCUCUGAACCUCUUGAAGAUUCACAUUGUCGUCGAAGCAAACCACGUAUCAGCAUGCAGCAGCAGCAGCAGGAGACAUACCCAAGCUCCCCGCGCGCACGCCGCCGGUUCGUCAAGUGUAAGCAGCGCGAGGCGCAGGGCCUGCUCCUACAGGCGGUUCGUGCCGACGAGCGCGGCGAUGCGGCCCAGGCUCUGGCGCUCUACCGCUCGGCACGCGGUCACCUCGACUCCGCCCUGGCCAUCCCCUGCGACGGCCCGCAGUGCACCGGGUCCAAGUGGGAUGAGACUCGCCGCACGCAGGCCAAGAUGCAGGAGUCGCUGCUCGGCAUGCAGUCUCGCGUGCAGGACCUAGAGGCUCGGCUUGAGCCCAGAACCACCUCCAUGGUCCCCUCGGCGCCCCCGCUUGCUGCAUCCGCGCUCCACGUUCCGCCCCGACCAAGCGGUCCACCCGUGUCGAGCGGCGACCCCAACUGCGGCCACCUCUACCCGCAAGUCGCGGCUCUCCCGGAAAAAGCUCCUCUUCCUCCGGGAGGCGUCUGGUUCGAGUCGGCGGGACAGCCGCCGCCUCCGCAAGGCUUACCGCUUCCGUCGCAGUCGUCCCAACGCUUGCCGCCGGCUCUACCUUGCUAUGUCGCUACGGGAAGCACGGACCUCCCGCCGAUGUAUACCCCGCAGCCCGUGGAAGGACACACGUCGCUGUCCAUGGGCACGGUGCACGGGGAGUUGCCACUGCUGCCUCCGGGCUAUGCGCAGUGUAAGGAGAAGCCCUCCGGCCUGCAAGUUGCACCCGUGCAGCAGGUGCUGGGGCCGGACGCGGUCGAGCUGUUCCUCAUUGCCAACGGUGCACAGAUUUUCUUUGUGAGCGUGACGGGGCUGGUGAGCGCGCCCUCGUACCCGGGGUUCCUGCGCAUCGCCACCUUCCGCAGCCAGGGGCCCGAUGCCCCUCCCGGCCGCCCGCCAGCCUUCCUGCAGGUGUCUGGGUGGCUCCACCCGCUGGUUCCGGGCUACUCGCCGGUGCUGCGCUCGUCGCAGGGCAUCUACGUGUUUCCGGACAUGUGUUCGGGGGAGGCCGGCGCCACCGUUGGAGUGCUCCUCUCCGCUGAGCUGCCCGCUGAGCAGCGCCAUCUCUUUGAGGAGCACUUGGGACGUCUGGCUCAGUUCUGCGUCCAGGCUCCAGAGGAUGGCGCCGCUGGUGGCCAGGCGAAGUCGGCCGACGUUCCCAAGACAGCCGCACCAGACCCGGAGAAGGGCACCCCCCAGCCGAUGCCCGAAUGGAGCGAAAAAAUGUCUCAUGGCAUCCUCUCUGGCGCGUCGUGGAUCAGCCGCGGGUUGCUGCGGGGCGCCGAGGCGACGGGCAAGGUGCUCAACAAGGGCGCGACGGCCGUCAGGGAGCACAUCCCCACGGAGUCGCAAGUGCCGCCCCAGGCUCGCGCCAACGCCAGGCCCACGGCCGCUGCUCCGCCAGCGCAGGCCCCCGCCGCGGCGGAACCGCACCGCGCGAACCCGGGGCCGUACCGCGAGCCCUCCUUGGUGAAGGUCGGCAAGAGCCUAGUGGAAGGAGUGGUGGACGCGGUGAGCUCGGUGAGCAAGGAGGUGGCUCCUCACCUCAAGCGCUACGGGGAGAAGAUCAUGCCCGAGUCGCUCAAGCAGCCGGACAGCGACGGCGCCCGCACCCUCCACGGGGCCAAGAUGGUCGCCUCCAGCAGCGCACAAGGCCUCUCCACCAUCUGGGACGGUCUGUCGUCCGCCGCGAAGACCAUCGCUCGGAGCGUGUCGUCGUCGACGGUGCAGCCCGUGUCCCAAGGUGCUGCGAGUGUACCCACCGACCGCAAUGCUCAGAUGAGCGGACAUUACCAGAAUGUACAGCCAACGAUGAACGACAUCAAGCGAGACACAGGCAUCAAGCGUCAAAUGUGAUUGCAUCCUGUCGGUCAGCGUGUUAAGUUGGUAAUCUGAAGUUACUCUGGCCCGUCUAAAGAUAAAGUCAACUUGCCAGCAGCUAAAAUUACUACAUUUCUACGUUCACCACUUAUAGGAAGAUGGAAAUGUUUCUGUAUUUCUGACGGACGCAUUCUCCAACGCACGAGUUUGUGAGCAGCUCGUGCCAUUCUUUCCACACAUUUCAAACGGAGAGUAUUUUCUAUUCCUCCAGAAACAUUGGUUGCGGUAAAGAAAUUGAUAUUUCUAAAUGAGAAAAGUUUGGUUGCUGUUGUAGCAAUGCUUCAUCUUAAAUGAUGCGAACUCUACUGAUUUCAUCGGUCAGUUUUCAGAACAAGCAUUUGCUUUAAAUACACCAAAGAGAGUGGAUGUUUAAGAAUAUAUUUAUUGUUGAUUCAGUACCUUAUGCCCACGUACUGUGUCUAACUCCUUAUGUAGCUGUAUUGAAACGCGUCUUUGUGUCAUAAGGACCCAUGUAGUGGUGUUUAAACUUUAUUAUUCAUCAAACUGGAAAUGAAUGUAAGUGAAGCCUAUUAUCCAUACAUAUAAUGUGAUUAGUGGCCUUCACUCAUGCUCUGUAUCUCAAGUACAUUCACAUGAAAUUGCUGCCUUUCCCAAUUCACAAGAUCUUGACCCAGAAAUUGAGAAAAAAUACGUCAAAUACUGACCAUUGGGAACCAAGAUCUUCCCGAAGAGUGAUACACGCACUCAUCGGUAGAAUCCUCCGGAAGAUGGGUUCCCCAUUGAUUUAUAUUUAAAGGUGAUGUUCAGGCGUGACGUCAUCGACCCUGAAGCCACUGCCUAUUGAUCCGUCGCGGUGACGUCACCCUCACGUUGCCGAACGACGGCAUGGUGAUGUCAUCGCGACGCACCGCACGGGCAAGGGUGCGGUGGUGACGUCACCGGGAACAUCUGUUUAAUGACGUCACCGUGAACAUCUGUUUAAUGACGUCACACGCAUCCCACAGUGUUGCUGCCCCCCCCCCCCCCCCCCCCACGUGUCCUGCGCUAAUGCGUGGGCAGUGCUGGUGCCUAUCUAAGUCACAAGGCCAGUGUAUUUUUUUUUAACUGAGUGUACUACUGUUGGUGCAUUUUAACCCCGAGCAAUCUUACACGAGCUAAAUCGGUUGACGUGUAUGAGCAAUACGUUUAAGUUAAGCACAAUAUACUGUUAGGAUGAGCAUAAGUUAUUCUGUUAGCUUUAAAAAAAAACUGUUGUCUUGCAUUCUGUAGUUCUAGCUCUGUUUUUUCGUGUGGUUUUGUAGCAAUACGUCGUAGUGUCACCGCACCUGUGUUUGAAAUCAAUAAAAGUUAAAAAAAAA